GUGCAGUGGCGUCUCAUACCCAACGUGACCUUUGGGAGCUGUAUAAAAGGCGGCUCAGCCCAGUGCUCCUCACUCGCUCACCGUCGCAUCCAGACACUUCUCCCUGCAGCUCCAGAGCUUUGCCGACUCCCCAGAAAGAUGUGCUCCCGUGGAUCCUGCCACAGUCGCGAGACCUCCUGCCACAGCUCCCGCUCCUCCUGCCAUGACUCAGGGCCCUCCUGCCAUUCCACCUUCCAGAGGGAACCCGUGCCCCAGUUCCCCUGCGUGACGCCAUGCUGCCCCCCUGUGCAGCGCUACUGCCCCCCUGUGCAGCGCUACUGCCCCCCUGUGAAGACCUACUGCCCCCCUCCCUACUGCCCCCAGUACACCAAGAACAUCUGCAAGCUGCCGCCAAUGUACCCCAAGUACUAG